GUCAUAAAAUCAACUUGAUUUGGAGGAAUCGAUAGCUAUUAAGCAUCUCUAGCUAACUUAAUAAGACUAAACAAAACCGGCUUGUUCUUUUACAAAAAAGAUUCAGCAUCAAAAUGAUCACCGACGUGCAGUUAGCCAUCUUUUCAAACGUUCUGGGCGUAUUCCUUUUUCUGCUCGUUGUUGCUUACCAUUACAUCAACGCCAACACGGGAAAGUCCAGCAUCAAGACAAAAUAAUCAUCACGUUUCCGCAAGUUAAUUAAUACAAGUAUCUUAUAAAGCAAACUUCGAGUAAUAAAAUGGCAACAUAAAGCUUA